AUGUUGGAGAUUGUUACCAGGAACAGAAGUGGGACAUUAGCCUCUGAGUCCAGCCCAGGUAGGUUGGUGGACUUCCAGACUUACAACAUUCUGAGUAUUGUUUUCUUUGUCGUUGUCAUGGGAACCGUCAGCUUUUCCGGCAUCAUCUUCAACGCAAUCAACAUCAUCGUUUUCAGGAAGCAGGGCUUUAAGGACACCGUUAACAUAACCCUAUUCAGUCUGGCCCUCUCCGAUAUGGGAGGGCUAAUAUCACUUUUGUGGAUGAGCAUCUGUUUUAACCCCUGGCUUCUCGAUGCUGAUGUGCCUUUUGACAAUGAAGAGAUUGAAUACAUGACAGCAGGAUGGCCCCACACUUGUUUCACACGCAUCACUGGUUGGAUCACAGCCUUCGUCACGUUUGAGAGGUGUCUGUGUGUCGCUAUGCCUCUCAAAGUGAAGACGAUCAUAACCCCGAGGCGAACUAUCGGCAUGCUUGUUGGGAUAUUCCUUUUCGUCAUCGCUGGCGUCGUGCCGGCCUACUAUUCGAUUCGUUUAGAGCCAAAGUUUUUUCCUCGCAGAAAUGAAACGAAAGUGGGGUUGGUUUACAUACCCAAUGGCGCCUUCAUCGAGAACGUAGCAGUUAUCAUCAACAUCAUACCUCAAUACGUUUCUUUCUCUGUCGUCAUCAUCUGUACCAUUAUUCUUGUUCAAAAUCUUAUGCUUCAAUCGAAAUGGAGACAGUCAACCUCACGCUCUGCUAAGAAGGAUUCUUUGGCAAACAGGGACAAAAGACUAGUCUCUAUGAUUAUUCUUAUUUCAAAAACAAGGCCCCCACACCUGCACAAGUCCUCACAGGCUAAGCAGCAUAAAGCGUUGGUGACAAAGAUGGAUGCCGGGAACAGAAGCAAGCCAGAGUCCCCAGAACCACAGCGUACAGGUCUAGUGAAUGACGAAGUCCUUGACGUAUUUGUCGUCCUUUUCUUCGUCGUCGCUUCAGGAACCAUCAGCUUCUUCGGCGUCCUAUUCAACAUGGUCAAUGUCAUCGUGUUCUAUAAGCAGGGCUUCAAAGACACGGUCAACAUUACUCUGUUUGGGCUGGCCAUCUCCGAUAUGGGUUCCCUCGUGACACUUCUCUGGAUGAGCAUCUGCUUCAACCCGUGGUUCGCCAACGCCGAUCUGCCCUUCGAUCAUCAAGACAUUCAGUAUCUCACGGCUGGGUGGCCGCAUGUUUGCUUCGCGCGCAUCACCAGUUGGAUCACAGCCUUUGUCACGUUCGAGAGGUGUCUGUGUAUCGCUCUGCCCCUCAAAGUGAAGACGAUUCUAACACCGAGAAGAACGGUUAUCGUCAUUGUCUCUAUAUAUUUCGUGAUGAUAGCGAGCGUCUCACCCGUGUACUACUCGAUCAGACUCGGCCCAAAAUAUUUUCCUCAAAGAAACGAGACAAAGAUAGGAUUAGUUUACCGACCGAGUGGUCCCUUUAUCGAGAACGUUUCUUUUUCCAUCAAUGUCUUUGCCCAGCUGGCUUCCUUCUUCUCGGUUAUCGUCUGCACUGCAAUCCUUGUCCAGAAUCUUCUUCUUAAAUCAAAAUGGCGGCAGGCGACUUCGAGCUCCGCGAAGCAGGAUACGUUUACGAAUAGAGACAAGAAAGUGGUCAAGAUGAUUCUCUUUAUUUCGAGUAUAUUCAUCGCUUGUUUCUUGCCCAGCGCAGUUAACCUGAUUGCGAUGAUUAUCUCUGCCGAAUACAGCAUCGUUGGUAGAUAUCAAAACAUGUUUUUGGUAACAUGGGCCAUCUUUAAUUCGCUGGAAGCAAAUAAUUCUACUGUGAACAUAUUUGUGUAUUACAACAUGAGCUCAAAAUACAGAGAAAUUCUAGACAAAAUGGUAAACAAGAAGCAAAUUAAAAAGUGA